CAUCAUGGAUCAGUUUUGGAUUUUGGAUUUACACCAACGUAAUAAAUGGAAAAGGCGCGGACGCAGUGCUGCAUUUAAUGGAGUUUACAUCUCUGAGUAACUUCUAGGACAGGACGAUCAGGAUGAAAAGAUGGCAACCGUGCUCUUACCAGCGGGUCCUGAUGGCUUGCGGCCGUUCACUCGAGAGUCUCUGGCGGCCAUCGAGCAAAGGAUCAGCGAAGAGCGAACAAAGAAUGCGAAGGAAUACCAGGCGGACCCUGGGAACACGGAGGAGCCCAAACCACGCGUCGAUCUGGAAGCAGGGAAGCAGCUGCCUCGUAUCUUUGGCGACAUCCCCACAGGAUUGGUCGGAGUCCCGCUGGAGGACAUUGACCCAUUCUACUUCAAAAAUCAGAGGACCUUUAUAGUACUAAACAAGGGAAAAGCCAUCUUCCGCUUCAGUGCCACAUCUGCGCUUUACAUAUUUAGUCCUUUUCACUGCAUUAGAAGAAUCUCCAUACGAAUUCUUGUCCAUUCGUUGUUUAGCUUGUUCAUCAUGUGCACAAUUUUGACAAAUUGCUGCUUCAUGGCAAUGUCGGAUCCUCCACUUUGGGCCAAGUACCUUGAGUGUACAUUCACUGGCAUUUACACAUUUGAAUCAUUGAUUAAGAUCUUGGCCAGAGGAUUCUGCACAGAGCCCUUCACAUUCCUCAGAGACCCAUGGAACUGGCUGGAUUUCAGUGUCAUCGUCAUGGCGUAUGUGACAGAGUUUGUGGAUCUCGGCAAUGUAUCAGCGUUACGGACUUUCAGAGUUCUGCGUGCUCUAAAAACAAUAUCAGUGAUCCCAGGUCUAAAGACGAUUGUCGGUGCUCUCAUCCAGUCGGUUAAAAAGCUAGCAGACGUGAUGAUCCUUACUGUAUUCUGUCUCAGUGUCUUCGCUCUGAUUGGUCUACAGCUCUUCAUGGGCACCUUACGACAGAAGUGUGUUCGUAGCCCCGCCCACUGUGUUAACUCCACCUACCCCGGCAAUGGAAGCUUCGUUUGUAACAACAGGACCUGGCUUUCCGUGAAGGACUUCUUAACGAAUGAAGACAAUUUCUACAAAAUCGAAGGAUCCAAGGAUGCCUUAAUAUGCGGAUACAGCAGCGAUGCUGGGAAGUGCCCUGAUGGGUUUGACUGUUUGAAAACGGGUCGGAACCCAAACUAUGACUACACCAGUUUUGACACCUUUGGCUGGGCCUUCCUGGCUCUCUUCAGACUAAUGACACAAGACUACUGGGAAAACCUCUACCAUCAGACUUUGCGGUCAGCAGGCAAGACCUACAUGAUCUUCUUUGUGCUGGUGAUAUUUCUGGGUUCGUUUUACCUGGUAAACUUGAUCCUGGCAGUGGUGGCCAUGGCAUAUGAGGAGCAGAACCAGGCGACCAUCGCAGAGGCCUGGGCCAAAGAGAGAGAGUUUCAGCUGGUAAUGGAACAGCUACGCAAAGAACAGAGGGCAUUAGCAAAACAACGUAGAAAAGAAGCUGAGCUUGCCCAGGAAGCGGAAUUCCCCUCGUCUCCUUUCUCCCGGAAAGACUCAAUAAAACCAUGUCAUAGCAGAACAAGAUCGCACAGAAUGCUAUCUGAGGAGAUAGAAGACGACUCAGAUCUCCGGUCACUCAAGUUUGAUCCGUUUGAUGAGAAAUCAGCUCACCCUCUCCUAGCGACUCUCUCGUCUCAUCCUCUGAGCACUCGUCGCGGAAGCCAAAUCAGCAUGUUCACCUUGCGCCCGCGGAACAACUCUGAGGCCGACUUUGCCGAUGACGAACACAGCGUCCUUGAUGAUGGGGGGAGCAGGGCAACACCAUGGCACAAGCGUCGUAGGGGCAGCAUCAGGAGUCACUCAUCACAGGUGUUGAUGCCAACCCUUGCCCUCAAUGGCAUACUAAAUUUUUCUCUGGACCAGAAUGGCAUGACCAGCAUCAGGCCGCACACACCCACCACUAUGCCUGCGUUCAGCAUGGAAAGGGUGAACGAGGACAUGGAGCCAGGGUGUCAGCACGACCAAACCACUGCAGCUCUCAAGCCAACUACUGACGUGCAGGAUGAAGUCCCGUCACCUCGUAGAAAGAGAGGCAUGAGCUCUGUUAGCUUCUUCAGUGAUGCCAUAGAUGAACUCGAAGAAGCUCAUCAGAAAUGUCCUCCAUGCUGGUAUGAAUUUGCGAAGAAGUAUCUAAUCUGGACAUGUUCUCCAGCCUGGUUAAGACUGAAGGUGAGAGUUAAAGUCAUGGUGAUGGACCCCUUCCUGGACCUGGCCAUCACUAUUUGCAUUGUGCUCAACACAUUGUUCAUGGCGCUGGAGCACUACCCCAUGACUGAGGAAUUCAACAGCAUGCUUAGUGUUGGAAACCUGGUGUUCACUGGAAUCUUCACAGCUGAGAUGGUACUGAAGGUCUUCGCUCUGGAUCCAUACUAUUACUUUCAGCAGGGCUGGAAUAUGUUUGAUGGAAUUAUCGUGUGUUUAAGUCUGAUGGAGUUGGGCCUUUCCAAUGUAGAGGGUCUAUCUGUCCUCCGCUCGUUUAGAUUGCUGCGAGUUUUUAAAUUAGCAAAAUCAUGGCCCACCCUCAACACACUGAUAAAGAUCAUCGGUAACUCUGUGGGUGCUUUGGGUAACCUGACGCUGGUGUUGGCCAUCAUCGUCUUCAUUUUCGCUGUGGUGGGCAUGCAGCUGUUUGGGAAGAACUAUCAGGACUGUGUUUGUAAGAUCAGCUAUGACUGUACCCUGCCUCGCUGGCACAUGAAGGAUUUCUUCCACUCGUUCCUCAUCGUGUUUCGGGUAUUGUGCGGGGAGUGGAUCGAGACCAUGUGGGACUGUAUGGAGGUGGCCGGACAGCCACUUUGCAUUCUGGUCUUCAUGCUGGUCAUGGUUAUAGGAAACCUGGUGGUGCUGAAUCUGUUUCUGGCCCUGUUGCUGAGCUCCUUCUGCUCUGAUAAUCUGUCAGCGCCUGAUGAAGAUGGAGAAAUGAACAACCUUCAGAUCGCUCUAGCAAGAAUCCACUUCGGUUUCACGUGGCUGCUCAACGGCAUCAAAGACCUUUGCAGUGGGAACCUGGUGCGGCGUGGACAGAAAGCCAAGGAGGGGCAGGGGACCCUGAAAAUGAACCACACAGAGUGCAACGGCGGUCUGCGAAGGUUCACGCAGUAUGGAGAGAAGUUCAUCAUAGCGGAAGAAGAGGACAGUUACAUGACCAAUCCAAACUUCACUAUCUGUGUGCCCAUCGCGCCAGGAGAGUCCGAUGUGGAGUUCCCAGAGGAAGAGGACGAAGACACGGAGUCAUCUGAGGAUGAAAAUCAGAAACAGGAAGUGAUGAGCUGCUCUGAAGGAAGUACUGUAGAUCUGAGGAAGCCUGGAGAUGAUGAGGAGGAAUAUUCUGAGAUGGCAGAGGAUGCCAUGGACCCAGAAGAGUGUUUCCCCGAGUUUUGCAUGCAACACUGUAAGUGCUGUAACAUUAAUACUACACGAGGUGUAGGACAGAUGUGGUGGAGAUUGAGGAAGACCUGCUAUCAGAUUGUGGAGCACAGCUGGUUUGAGACCUUCAUCAUCUUUAUGAUUCUCCUCAGCAGUGGAGCUCUGGCAUUUGAAGACAUCUACAUAGAACAGCGAAAGGUGGUGAAGAUGGUGUUGGAAUACGCUGACAAGGUUUUCAGCUACAUCUUUGUUCUGGAGAUGUUUCUGAAGUGGAUCGCAUAUGGCUUUAAGAAAUACUUCACAAACUACUGGUGCUGGCUGGACUUCCUCAUCGUUGAUGUGUCUUUGAUUAGUUUGGUGGCUAACUCUCUGGGCUACUCGGACUUUGGGGCCAUUAAAUCUCUGAGGACGCUAAGAGCUCUGAGGCCCCUGAGGGCUCUGUCUAGAUUUGAAGGAAUGCGGGUGGUAGUGAAUGCUCUCAUUGGGGCCAUCCCGUCCAUUAUGAAUGUCCUGCUGGUUUGCCUGAUCUUCUGGCUCAUAUUUAGCAUAAUGGGCGUUAAUCUUUUCGCUGGUAAAUUCGGGAAAUGCGUCAACAGGACAGGGUACAUCCACAAUGCAACGCUGGUCAACAACAAGACUGAAUGUCAAGCCAUGAAUGACACACAGUUCUACUGGACCAAAGUCAAAGUAAACUUCGACAAUGUUGGACUUGGCUACCUCUCACUUCUGCAAGUGGCAACUUUCAAAGGUUGGAUGGAAAUCAUGCAUGCCGCCGUCGAUUCUCGUGGAGUUGAAGAGCAGCCCAUCAAAGAGAUAAACCUCUACAUGUACCUCUACUUUGUCAUCUUCAUCAUCUUUGGAUCAUUCUUUACCUUGAAUUUGUUCAUCGGUGUCAUCAUCGACAACUUCAAUCAACAGAAAAGAAUGAUUGGUGGCCACGAUAUAUUCAUGACAGAAGAGCAGAAAAAGUACUACAACGCGAUGAAGAAACUUGGAUCGAAAAAGCCACAGAAGCCAAUCCCAAGACCAGUGAACAUUCUACAAGGAUUCUUCUUUGACUUGGUGUCCAAGCAAGCCUUUGACAUCACAAUCAUGAUGCUCAUCAUCCUCAACAUGAUAACCAUGAUGGUGGAGACAGACGAGCAGUCUGCUCGCAUGGAGUCCAUCCUCAACAACAUCAACCUGGCCUUCAUCGUGAUCUUCACCACUGAAUGCCUCAUCAAGAUCUUUGCCCUCCGCUGCUAUUUCUUCACGAUUAGCUGGAACAUAUUUGACUUUGUAGUCGUCAUUCUGUCCAUCAUUGGAAUUGUCCUGGCUGACAUAAUAGAAAAAUACUUUGUGUCCCCAACUCUGUUUCGAGUGAUCCGGUUGGCAAGAAUAGGACGAGUUCUCAGACUAAUACGAGCAGCCAAAGGAAUAAGGACGUUACUUUUUGCCUUAAUGAUGUCGCUACCGGCGUUGUUCAACAUCGGCCUUCUACUCUUCCUGGUCAUGUUCAUCUACGCCAUUUUUGGCAUGGCAAACUUCGCCUACGUGAAGAAGCAGGGCGGAAUCGACGAUAUGUUCAACUUCGAAACUUUUGGGAAUAGCAUGAUCUGUCUUUUCCAGAUCACCACAUCCGCCGGUUGGGAUAACCUACUGGAUCCCAUUCUGAACAAUUCUCCUGAAGAAUGCAACGCAAAUUACGUCAACACAGGAACCAAUACUAAGGGCAACUGUGGCAAUCCCUCAGUAGGAAUCACCUUCUUUGUCAGCUACAUCAUCAUUUCCUUCUUGAUCGUGGUCAACAUGUACAUCGCUAUCAUUCUCGAGAACUUCAGCGUGGCCACUGAGGAGAGCACGGAACCACUCAGCGAAGACGACUUUGAGAUGUUCUACGAGGUUUGGGAGAAGUUCGACGUCGAGGCCACACACUUCAUCGAGUACUCCAAGCUCUCCAGUUUUGCGGACAGCCUUUCGGAACCUCUGCGGAUCGCCAAACCCAACAAAAUCAAGCUCAUCCACAUGGACCUACCCAUGGUGAAUGGAGACAGGAUCCACUGCUUGGACAUCCUGUUCGCCUUCACAAAGAGGGUUCUCGGUGAGACUGGGGAAAUGGAUGCUCUCAAGCAGCAAAUGGAGGAGAAGUUCAUGAUGGCAAACCCCUCCAAGAUAUCAUAUGAGCCCAUCACCACAACACUACGGCGAAAGCAAGAGGAACUGUCAGCGACCAUGAUCCAGCGCGCCUACAGGGGGCACCUGGUUAAACGGCAAAUGAAACAGGCUUCUUAUCUGUACAGGCAGAUACAUCAGGACACAGCUGUGAAUGAGGAUGGUGCUCCAGAGCAGGAAGGACUUAUAGCCUCUAUGAUCAAAGAGUACUAUGGUCCCAAAAGGGGGGUACAUGUAGGCUCUCUGUACUUUGCAUCCUCUCCCCCAUCUUAUGAGACUGUCACUAGGUCUCCUGGUGACCAUUUCCAGGUGUUAAUAACUACCUGUAGCGACUCUGCAUCCUGUGAGCUUCAUACCUCGGAGGAGACGUAUGACGAGACUUUUCUUUAGAACCUUUUUUUAAGACUGGUCUUUUUGGUAGACAUUUUUUGCUUUUUUUAAACCACAUUUUGAUGUGGAAAUGAAUAAGGACUUACAGGAAUGUUCCACGUUCAAUUCAAAGAGUUAAGCUCAUUUGACAGAAUGUGUGGCAUAAUGUUGAUUUCCAAAGAGUUAUUUAGACUCCAUCUUUAUUUAAAAAAAGGAAAAGAAUUGAAGUUACAGUAAGGAAGUUACAAAGUAAGUGAAUGGGACCAGUCCAAGUCAAUGAUAAAAACGUGAUACAUGUUUACAUGAUUUUUAUUUGAUAAAAUUGCUUUUUUAACCAUAUCGGUGUAAAGUUCUAUCCAAUAUUACAACUUUGUUGUCAUACCGACAUAACAUGGUAAACCAUGUAAUCUGGUAAACCGCCUUAAUGCCAGAAAAUACCAUCCCAAAAUUAUUUUUCACACUAAAUUUAUGUUAUAAUGAUAUUAGUAUAAAAUUACAAUGUUUACAUCUUUUGACUAUACCUUUGAAACAGUGUGCAUUUGAACAUUUAUGGACUGGCCACAUUCACUUCCACUGUAAGUGCUAUACUGCAUAUUUUUUUAAAUCAUUUGUAGUUAUUUUAUGCCACAAAUGCUGUCAAUUGAGGUUUACUUUAAUGGAACCUGGAACAUUUAUUUAAUCAGGAAGAAUUCUACCGCAAUGCAAACAAGAUUUAACUUUUUUAAUGUCAUUUGCUUUGUCAGAAUAUGCAACAAUCUGGAGUAACUCCUGGGCGUGUAUUGAAAUACAUCACGCAUCCUUCACAGACAUGUUAUUUUGUAAUAAAUCUACUGUCGAGAUGAAAAUAUCAGGGUAAAUAAAUAGAGGCAUGUAGAGAAUUUACUGUAUCUCAAACGACUUGUUGCACUUAUCACAGUGAUAAUAGAACUAUUAUAUAUUGCUCAGCUGUUAUUUUGAUUGUUUCCUGUUAAGCUUAACAGACCACAUAUUUUUCCCAGGAUUACAAUAUCUAAGCAGAGUUUUCCGUUGCUCAGGAUUAAGUGACGAAUGUUAUCACUUUUUUAUACUUGAUGAGAGUGACUGGAUGCUUGGUCUAGAGUAACUGUAUAAGUAAAAGACCCCUAAAUGUGCUUGGAAUGAGGAAUUUUCUUUAAAAGUGAGUGAUUUAGCAUUUUAUCAGAAAGGGGUGUGUGAGCACUUUUCCUCCAGUAUAAAAUGACAUUUAAAUCAGGUAAUAUUACAUUGACUUUUUGUGUUUUAUUCAUGGGCUUUUCAAUACAACAUUCUCAGUUUAUGACACAUGGAAAUUAGAAACACUUAUU